AUGUCGAAAGUAGAAUGGCCACUGUGUCGAUCCUUGUAUAGCGACAAAAUUCUUGCGUUCAACUGCACUCGGAGAACUGAAAAGCAAGCGAAUUCAGUGAUCAUCAGUAUUGCUUGUCGUCGGUGCUCAUUGACACGAUUUUUAAAGAGUCAGCGCAGCUUGUCAAAACCCAAGAACAUACUUCAAGCAAAACAAACUGUACGAGUUUAA